UUUAUAUAUAAUUAAAAAUUCAAUCUACUCAAAUAAAUAAUCAAUUCUGCUAAUUAUUUUAUCCGAUGUGAAACAAAGGGACCAAACUCGUGUACUGUCUGGAUGUAGACAAUACCAGUACACAAACUGACUGGAACGGUCCGAUUUAGAAUCUAAACCGUUCCCAAACACUAAAAUUGAAUGAAACACUGAAAUAUUAAUAUUACCAAUAAUCUAUAUUGUACUUGUGUUAAUAUAUUUAUAACUUGAAUGAAUACUGUUAGCGCAUGUAUGCAUCUUAUUACAUACAGACAUUUUUUCUCUCAUUUUUAUUGACGUCAACAUCCAACAGCGCUAAAUGGAACGAAUGGCAACCUGUCGACAUGAACACACCUCCGUGAACCCUAACCAUGUAUAACUAUUUUUAGUCCGUUUCAAGCAGCUCCAUUUGAUCUGCGCUGUGCAUAUUGCGUUACACGUAUGUGGACUUGGUGAGAUAUUUACUGUACUAAAAUACAUACUCGAAAAUUUUCAAAGACUAGAUCUAAUUGUUUGAAACAUUUAACAUGGAAUAAUUAUUCUAAGUUAAUAAUAUUUAUUUCAGGUGGGGUGUCUGGAAACCCUGAACAAAAACCGCAAACAAAGAGCAUUUGGUGCGAGAGUACAGCUGUAGCAGACGUGGUCUCCAAAGGAAAUAGCAGACGUGGCGUGGAAAAAUCAACAUUUUACAGGUUGAGUACUUUUCAUCAACAAAAACAAAAGAAAAACUGGAGACAAUAAUAUCUUAAUUGGCUGAUGGGGGAAUUUGGAUCGAACACUUUAACACUCGCAAGAGCUUUAUCGCCAGUGUAUUUGGAUCAUCUUGCAAACAAUCAGUCGUUAUUUUCUCCGGAACCACCGUCGACAGUUUCUGUUUGUCAAACCAUGCAAGAUGAACAACAAUCCCCAAAUAAUUUACAAGUGUCACCAAAUCCUGGGAAUAUUUCUCCAGAUCAGAGUGUGGAUUUAAUUUCUAGCAAGGCUAUUAAAAGUGUUGGAAUACCUGAAGAAAAUGGAUCGCAUAAUCAAAUGGGGAUUUCCCCUAUUUGUGAAUCGACAGCUGUCACAACUCAAAGUUGUUGGUCUACGGCAUCUGCAGAUGAUACAUUCCUGCAAGGAUUUCAGUCAUUAAAUGGAACCGUUACGUUUCAGCAAUUUCCCCCAGCACCAAAUUCGAUGUUCAGUGCAGGAAUACCUGGAAUGAAUGUCCCCCCUCCUCAGAGAAGGGCAAUCACUGCUAACCACAAUAACUCGUUACGUCAAAAUCCUAAUAUUGUGAUUAAUAAUGCUAAGAGUUAUAACUGGAGUACCAAUGCACCACAACAAACAACAUUUUCAGGACAACAAAAUCCAGCAACACUUUCACCUUGGGGAAAUAUGCAGCAACAAAAUCAACAGCGCAGAUCAGUGCCAAACAUAAAUGCUCUCAAUCCUGUUAAAAAGGGCAAUUUUCACCAAAUUCCCCCAUCAUCUUUCAUUGCUCCAUCCAAGUUUCGUCGGAGCACAUCUUUUCCUGGACAGAUUCACCAGGCUUCAUUAGGAAUAAAGCCCGGUUUUGAUUACCAGUCCUAUGAUGACCUUCAUCGAGAUGGAAUAAAUUCUGUUAUGUACAACCAAGGCGACUGUAAUAUCAAGCAGAUGGACAUAAGUAACAAAGUCAAGGAAAUGAACAGUGUCAACAAAAGAAGACAUGGUGGUAGAAAUGAUCGCCCUGCUAGUUUUGAUACAAUGCGAUUUCCCACUCUCGAAACGCAACUUCUUGAUAUAAUGAGGACAACUCAGGAUGCACAAAUAGAACAUUUUAAGGGUAAAUCUCCAUUUGAACUAGAUGAAAAUCUUUCAGCAAAUCUCGACCAGACUGUUCCAAAUCUGGCUUCUCCACAGUCAUCUCCAAAUUCUCAAAAUGGUGGCGAAAGAGUGGAAAGGUUUUCUAGAAAAGUUUUUGUGGGUGGAUUACCACCAGAUAUUGAUGAAGAUGAAAUUACAGCAGCAUUCAGGAGGUUUGGACCGCUUGUUGUUGACUGGCCUCAUAAAGCAGAAUCCAAAAGUUACUUCCCUCCAAAAGGAUAUUGCUUUUUGAUAUUUCAAGAUGAAAUGUCAGUACAGCAUCUGAUUGAAGCUUGUUUAAUGGAUGAGGAUAAAUUGUAUUGGUGUGUUUCCAGCCCUACAAUGAAGGAUAAACCAGUUCAAAUUCGACCAUGGAAUUUAAGUGAUUCUGAUUUUGUAAUGGAUGGAUCACAACCACUGGAUCCUAGAAAAACAAUAUUUGUUGGGGGUGUACCAAGACCAUUGCGUGCAGUUGAACUUGCAAUGAUUAUGGAUCGUUUAUAUGGUGGAGUCUGCUAUGCAGGGAUUGAUACAGAUCCUGAGUUAAAAUAUCCUAAGGGAGCAGGACGAGUGGCAUUUUCUAAUCAACAGAGCUAUAUUGCUGCUAUUAGUGCAAGAUUUGUCCAGCUUCAGCAUGGUGAUAUUGACAAACGGGUUGAAGUAAAGCCGUACGUUCUUGAUGAUCAGAUGUGUGAUGAAUGCCAAGGUGCAAGGUGCGGAGGCAAGUUUGCACCCUUCUUUUGUGCAAAUGUUACAUGCUUGCAGUACUACUGCGAGUAUUGUUGGGCACAAAUUCAUUCUCGUCCAGGAAGAGAAUUUCACAAGCCUCUUGUCAAAGAGGGAGCUGAUAGGCCAAGAGCAGUGCCAUUUCGUUGGUGCUAGGUUGUUGAUCAUGUGGAUGAACAAAACAGGAAGUAACUAAUGAACUGCCAUCUUUUAAUAGGGCUUCUGCUUUUUUCAAGUUCAUCCACCUUUUUAUAUAUGUUUUAAUGUUUUCAGGGUUGCCUCAUUAUUAUUAUUGUGAUAUUGUCUUUAAAAUAAUUGUUUCAGAUUGAUACUACUUUACAUAUUUAUCCUGUUAACCGUAGGCCAUUGUUCAGCAAAACAUACAUGUAUGCUAUCCACAGAGUGAUACUACUUACUUGCCAGUGAAUGCAUAAAGUGACACAUGCCUCAAGAUGAAAAAUAUUUACAUCUGUGCUUGCUAUUAAGACAAAGGCAUGAUCUCAAAAUACCAAAGAAGUUUCAUGUAUGUUUAUGAAAUAGAUGGUUUGCAAGCCAGUGGUGAAUCUUGUCAAAUUUAUAGUCUUUUUUGAGAUAAAUAUAUAUUAUUAAUAUGUAUUAGAGAUUCAGUCUGCAUUUUGGUGUUUUGGUCAAAGUUGAGAGAAUACGUAGACUAAUUGUUUUGGGCCGUAUUUAACAUUUGUAGAUUAGACAAAAAAAAAUUCUUGUUGUGUGGAUAUCAUAUCUAGUCAAAAAUGAAUUUCCAGUUCCAUAAUGUGGUUAUGCAUAUGUGUAAAUUUGCAGGGAAAAUAUAUUUUGUAGAGAGAAUUGUAUGUUAAUUGUAACAUGUUCGUUUGAACUUUCAGCAUUUAUCACUUUGUAAGAUUACUAUUUAUAUAGUCAGUUUUAUACAUUUGCGCAAAACUGAAAUCUUUCAUUGCAUGCAGAAACUAUUUUUGUUACUAAAUUGCCAUUUCUUUUUUAUAACAAUUACUGUGAUUUCACUUAACACAUUCACUUUUUGUACGAAGCCGUCAUGAAUCAUAGAAUGCCCUCCUUGGACAAAUGAAAUCAGUUUAUAAUGAUUGUAAUUAGCUAGGAAUAUAAAUCAAGGGCACAAUGUGCCAUGGCAUUACCCCACAUGCAUUCCCUGUUAAUAGUGCCAUAAGGCUUUGGAAAUGCCCAUCUUAUGAUCUAGUGAGACUUAAGCAUAUAUUUUAUUGGGUUUUUUUUUUUUAAAAGUAAUGUGCUCUUGAGCAAAAAUUGUGCAAUUUAUUUAAAGGUUGUGCGAUAACAGUUAUAUUUUGCUCAAAGAGGAUGAACUAAUGUUUUGUUGUUAAAUCAUAAAGAAUUACAUUGAUUUGUUUUAUAAUCACUACUGAUGAAAUAGCAAUACGUGAAAAACAUGUAUAAACUAUGUUAAAAUGGUAGAAUUAUGUAAUAUGCAUGCAUGUAUGUCAACAUACUUUGACAUCAGUUUGUCAGUGUUAUAACAGACAAUAUUUUUACCAUCAUCUUUACUGGUGUUCUACCGUUUCGGAUUAUUCUCAGUUGUUUACUGCAGUAGUAAGUACAAAAGAUACAUAAUAAUUAUUCCUCAAAUCAUUAUUUUUGCUAACUAAUAUACUUUAUUUCAGGAUUUUCGAAAUUGAUGUAAAAGUUAGGUGUGUGGGGGUAUAUAAAUGUAACAUUUGAAGUUAGAGACAGUUGAAGAACUGGACAUUUGACGUAUUUACCGUAUGAAGUCUGGUGAUGGUCAAAAGUGAAAACAUUUGUCACAGUUGUGGCCAUGGAGACUUCUUGUCAUUUACGUGUAUUAAUGAAAAAUGACCUGAUAAUAUUCUGAGGUGAGGAUGAAUUAUUACAGUGGGGGUAUGUAGUCUUUUAGAGUGGACUCAGUUUGUAUGUUAGUUUUGGUUUCGGUUUUAAUUUUGGGAUCUGUGAUUGUGACAAUGUGCAUUUUAGAAUGCAUUGAUUUCCAAUCUUUGUUACUAUUUAUUGAUACAGUUGAUUACUUAAAUGAAAUUCGUACACAAAUUUCAGACUUACUUGGCUUCCAUAGGGGCUCGGUGUUAAAUAAUAUGUAGCAUUGGUACCUUUUAUUAUUUCACCAAGUAGAAUGUUAUUUGCGUGUAUGAAUGAUAAAAUAAUUUUUAGGUGAUAUUGAAAAAUAUGAACCAUUGCAUCGACUAUAAUUAAUGUUUUGCAGUUUGCAGAAUUUGUUACGCUGUUCUGAAUUUUGAACUUUUUCAAUUUUUGCAUGAUGUUUAUAAUAAAAAAAAAAAUUCACAUUAUUUUUUAUCUACAACAUAUUUUGAAUAACUAGAUGUUGGGUAUUUUGUACUUUUGUCUGUUUUUUAUAUUGUUAGCAAUUAAGCAGUGAGACAAAUGAUAUGCUUCCAUAUUUAACAUUAGGAAGGGUAUUGAUGCACAUAAUCUACAAUUGUGAGAUCUACUCAGAUUGUUUUUAUUUAUUAUCCUUAGUUGAUGUCUUUCCUUAUGUUGUUGACUUAGUUGACAGUGCUUAACAUUGCCUUUAUUCACAGAUCUGUGAUCAUUUUCUAAUAACUUGCUAGCUCAUUCACAAUGAAACAAUUACAAAAGACUUUUGUACGGUUAUAUUUUUCCACACUGAAACAAUUGCGGGUUAAAUAACAUUAACUGUGAUCAUUAAGUGAAUCUUGUAAAAAAUUCAGAAAUGAAAUAAUACCAUUUUGACAUGUACACCAGGUUGGCUGUUUGUUUCAGCAUUGAAACAUGUUUGUUGAGUCCAGUUGGACAAUGGUUCUAAUCAGAUGUUAAAAACAAAAUGUGCACACUACUGUAAAUUUUCCUUUAUUGAUCAUUAGCUUCAAUGAUUUUUUGUUUGUUACAAUUUUGCUAUUUUUGAAGUACAUUUUAUAUUUCCUUUUUUAUAUUAUCAUUGUUAAUGUAGAAAGAGUCAUAUUUUUUAUUCACUUUAUUUUUAAGUUGUAUAAAUGGUAAAACUAGCAAAACAAAAUUACCUACGCUUGAAUGUGGAACCAAACUAAACAUUUACAAGUUCUGUUGUAAAUGUGUGGAAAGAAUGGGGGUUUCCCCCCCCCCCCCCGAAAUCUGCAACAUUUUUCUGUUUGAUUUGAUUUGUAAUUCCCAAGAAGAAAAACUAAAUUAACAAAUAACUAAAAAUACUGUAAGGUAACUUUUGCCUUGAACACAGUUUGUGAACAAAUGCUUAAUCCUUGUUUUCACUAUUGAUUAGAUAGUGAAUAUGAAUGGUAAUUGAGACAAAACAAAGUUUAUGUCGAUGAUGAUAAUAAAAAGAUUGCCGAAGGGCAGUGUCAUGAUAUUUUUUCAUUCCUAUCAGUGUCAACUAUGAACAUUUGAUACAGUAAAUAAAUUUGUUAAGUUUAUUCAUUUAACUUUAUUUAAAGGAAUUAUAUCAGUACAUAGUAAUCCAACAUUGCAUUUAUAUCAUAUACAAACAGUGUUAUUGGAUGGGGGAAGGAUUGAUAUGCAUUUAAAGUUGGCAGCAAAAUCAGUUGUGAGCUUGCAAUAACUGUUUAAAUAUGUGACAACACAAGUGUUAUGUUGUUAUUUAAUUUAACUGUUUGAAACAGAAUGAAACAUAAUGGACACUGCUAAAUCUUUGAUUUGAUUAUUAAGUGGAAGAUGUGACUUCAACCUGUAGACAGUUUGACCAAUGAUUGAAAGCAAAGAUUGUAUUUUUUAAAAUUCCAUGCUUUGUUUAAGAAGUAUAGAGAAUUUGACCAAACUGAGUUCGAGCCAACAAGAUUUUGUUGAACAUUAAAAAUAUGAAAUUUAAAGUUAAAAAAAAAAAACUUGGGUAGUGAUUAUAAACAUACAUGUUGGUUUUUUUAUUUUAAACCAUGGUUCCACAAAGCUAUAAUUUUAUUUUGUUGUUUUACUUUUCUGCCAACUGGUAUUCACAAAACUCUGAAACACAAAGUGUCUUAUUUGUUAUCCGUUUACAUUGAUACUCAGUUUAAUAUAUUUAUUAUGUUUUUGUAUUAAAAUUAGCAGAGUGUAUCCGUUAAAUGUUGUUUCAGUUUUCUGUGAAUCUCUCUGUCACUAUUGUGUAAAUGAAAGUGUGUUAUGCUUUUAGUGGCAGAUUGAUGGACUGGUGGAAAUAAAAUUUAUUACGACAGUGAUAUAAUUAAAAAUUAUUUACUCAUGUUUCACUUGUAGAUAUGUAUUUAUCCUGUAUUUAUUUUUCUGUGGCCAGUUAUAUUUUUCUGCAUGUGAAUUUUAUAUUUAAUUAGAGUACAGGCCAUCAGAUGAUAUUUUUAAGUGCAAAUACAAAUGCUAGUCAAUAACGUGGCAACUUGUUGUCACAUUAUUAUUAUUAUUAUUAUUACUAUUAUUAUUAUUUAUAUAUUUUUUUUGUUCUUGUUUGAAUAAAGAAAAAUUCUGAGAACAGAUUAAAAUGGUGCUGCAAUUUGCUUGUUCUAAAAGAAUGGGCAAAUUGAAGAUACCAUUAUUUAUUUAUUUAUUUACAGAUUGUUACAGAAAGUGUAAAUCCCAGUGCUUGCCACUUUAACCCUGUCUCUGUCUCUAUCUAUUUUUUCACCAGCAUGAACUUGUUUAUUAUAUAUUCCAUCUAAUAUAUUAAAAUUUACAAGUAGAUAAUUUCAUGGUUGUUUUGUUCCAUCUUUUUCACUGCAAAUAAAUUACAAUUGAAUUAUUUUCUUUCAAUUAAUUAACUAAUUAAUUAAGUCUUAACAGAAGAGUUAUUAAUUAUGUGAAUUUUGGUAAGCAUAACUAGAUAUAUUUUCUUUAGAUAACAGAAUUAUUAAACGUGGUUAAUUUGAAUUGAACAAUAUUAGAUGUUCUCCUUCAUCUGCUUUGAUGUGUGUGAGCACACACACACGUACACGUACACAUACACAUAAAUACAAAUUACUAGAAGUGUUGUCUUUUUUUGUUUCUGCAUUUUUUUUAUUUUUUUUUAAUAUAGCUCACUAACACAUCUUAGUCGAGGAUUUCAUUUUCAAGUUGCCUGUUAAAAGUCACUGUUUCCAUAUUUAUUCUGUUGGUGUUGGGAUUAAGCAGAAACUUACAAGUGCAAUAUUUCAGGAGAUGUUCUAUUUUGGUUAUUAUGUCAUUGUAUUCGUAUUGCUUAUUUUUAUAGCACUUAAUAUAUGUCAGUACAGUGAUUGUAUCAAUAUUGUGAUUUUAACCAAGAUAUAUACCCAUUUGCAUGCUAUAAUAUUCCAUUAAUAAAUAAACAGCUGCUGUUAUUUUUUUUAGUACAUGAUUUUAUAUAUCACAAGGAUCACUGGCAUGUCUCAAUUGUUUUCUUGUUUACAUAGGUUUCAAUAUUUGACGAUUGAUGUUUUUGUAACAAAUAUGGCAAAAUUAUGGGUGGGGGUAAAUUGCAUGUAAACCGACUUGUUCAGGGCUAAACUUACAACAUAAAAUGUUUUGUUUUUAACCUAAAUGUCUAUUCAGUACAAAGGUUGGGGUUGGAGGGAUGGGAGAAAAUUAAAAUUUAAUCCGAUACUCCACAAUGGGUUAUAUGUCAUUUUAUAGUUGACUGUUAAAUCAUGUGGUCAGAAGAUUUAACCUGGGUUAAAAUAAGACUUGUUAAAUUGAAAUAAAAUUGCUGUCAAUGAAGAUAUAGCAUAAUUUCACAUAAGAAAACACACAUGCAGUACCAUUACAGCUCUCCUCUGCGUUGAGUUCAUCAUGGGUGGCAAACGUGUCCGUUUUGGUUUUGAGAUUUUCUUUUUUAAAAUGUGUAUAAUAUUAAUGUGCCAGUUAACAUAUUCAACAAACUAAACAAAACACAAAUAUUUAGAUUUGCAUAAUUUUCAUUUUAACAACAACUAGGUGUAUAUGCCAAAGAUUGCUUGUACUAAUUCCUAUCAUUAAGGCAUCCUAUAUUUUUCCUUUAUCUUCUGACAUUUCAUUUGUAAUAACAAAUCACUUUCAAAUGUAAUUCAUCAGUAGAUGGUUUUUCAAAUGGUAUAUGUAUGACUAUUUAAUUAAGUACAUGAAUACAUAGAUCCUUGAAAUUGAUGACCCAUGAAUGGUGAAAUGAUUCAUAUAUCUAAAAUAAUAAAACAUAUUUGUCCUCAAGUUAGAUUUAAAUUUGUUAAAUAUCCAUAUCCCAUGCAUGUGCUGAACAACGAACAUUUUCACCUACCUUUUUUUUUUGUAACAGUUCAGUUCAUGUGGUUGUGGUAUUAUUGAGGUUAUAGUAAAUAUUUGUCAGAGUCAAGAUUUAUCAUAGUCUUGUGUUGCAGUAAACGGUUUGUCAAAUGUUGAAACCUAUGUUAUGUACUAGAACACGGCAUGUACAAGCAUUUUAAUGUUUAAAAAAAGAUUUAGUUUUACUGUGUAUGCUGUGUAUUUAUUUAUUUAUUCUUAUUAAGUGAUUCAGUAUUAGAAUGUUUCAUAUUUUGUAAUACACUGUAAUAUGUAACCGAGUUUGAAAAACAAAGAAAAUUAUGCUAUAUUUUGUUUAUUUUCGGAGCUGUAUUUUUUUUAAGAGAGGAAAGUAUAUAUUGUAGGUUGCUAUUUAUUUGGAAUCUUGUAAAUUGAACUGUUUGUACCAUCAGUUAGCUAAGUAUUUAAUGGUGAAUAUUUUAUUUGCAUGUAUAAUCUUAAAAUUUCUUGACCAAUUUCACACCUGUUGUGUUUUGUAUAUGGGGAGUUUUCUUAGCAUUUUUGUUGAAUGCAGUUACGGAUUAUAAAGUUUCUAUGUUUUAAUAAAACAAGUCUUGUUUUUAUUUUAUUUAACAAUGAACACUGCACUGGUGUCAUUGGUAGCUUGUUUCUGUUUUUUAAAAUUAUUAUUAUUUAUUGCUUAAUGUUUGAAUUUUUGCAUUCAUCACUGUCAAAAUUAUUCCAAAUAGAAAAAAAAAAUUCAUGGUCGCUUUGUUUGAUCUUUUUGCUGCUAACACGUUAUUUAUAUUUUUAAAAUAAUUUUAAUAUCUUUCUAUUCUUAACAUUUGUGUAAGAUUUUCUUCAGAAAAAUAAAGGUUUUCAAUAGUA